UUUUCAUCGCCAGGCCGGCGGUGAAUUCUUGUUUACUUGUUACACGUAUGCGCCAAGUAUGGUGCUCUUCUAGGACAAGCCCUUCGGCGAAAACCUUUUAUUUCGCUGAAACAACGUUAAUAGCGAACUCGGCGGAUAUCGUGCCAGUAUGAAUUCGCGAAAGUGAACGGUUUCUCCGGAUCCGUGGGUGUUUGUGCGAAUGUUACGGGCAGUUGUGUGAUAAAAAUUACAAGGAUGAUCUUUUUCACGGUGGUGUUUUGGGGAAAAUAAUAAAUCAUGAGCUCAGGUAGACCGAUAAAAUGUGUAGUAGUAGGAGAUGGAACUGUAGGAAAAACUUGCAUGUUAAUAUCAUACACAACAGAUAGUUUUCCUGGAGAAUAUGUACCUACUGUGUUUGACAACUAUUCUGCGCCCAUGGUCGUUGAUGGAAUUCCGGUCAGCCUAGGAUUAUGGGACACAGCAGGACAAGAAGACUAUGACAGACUUCGUCCGCUCUCUUAUCCUCAGACAGACGUAUUUCUCAUUUGCUUCUCAGUAACGAGUCCUUCAUCAUUUGAAAAUGUGACCAGUAAAUGGUAUCCUGAGAUAAAACACCACUGCCCAGACGCACCAAUGAUACUCGUCGGAACUAAAAUAGACUUACGAGAUGAUCGCGAAACGCUUACUGCCUUAGCCGAGCAAGGCCUUAGCGCCAUUAAGCGUGAACAGGGACAAAAACUGGCAAAUAAGAUUCGCGCGGUUAAGUACAUGGAGUGCUCCGCUCUCACGCAACGCGGGCUUAAGCAGGUAUUUGACGAAGCGGUUCGCGCCGUUCUGAGACCCGAGCCGCAGAAACGUCGGCAAAGAAGAUGCAUUAUGUUAUAAACGACGGGAGGAAUUGAGGGGAAUCAGCUUAGGUAAACACAUAUAUAAAGCAACAGAUCAAAAUGGACUUGAUCACUCGAACGCGAAGAGGAAAUAUGGAUGUUUUAAAGAGAAAAUAAUAGCGCGUGCAUUUUAACGAAUUAUUCUGGCAGCUAUAGAAUAUACCGCAUUACAGAAAGAGUACAAUUUAUAACUUCCUGGUCUCUCAGUGCGAGUCGUGAUGCCGAAUCGCGACUGGAAAGUUUAGACAACGAGAAAGUAAGAAAAUAGAAUAACUGUUUAACAGCAUUUGCAGGAGGGAAUUCGCUGCAAGCUUGCAAAUGUCUUUCCUUAAACUUGUAUUUACGGACAUAUUGCAUGAAGGUGAAGAGGAAACUGCGACCACACACGGUAACGCGCGGUCGAUACUGUAGUAGAAAAUCGCUCAUGACAACUUUCUUUUAUAUCUUAUGAGACUUUGUUGAAUUUGAUGUCGCAGUCCUGCAAAUUAAUGAUAAUACAGUAUAAAUGUGCUGUGAUGACUAAAAGCAUUAAGUACCCAAAGCUUUACUUAUCAGGGCUGCCAGAUUUUCGACUUUUUACAUUUAUGGUAUAGUAAGAGCAUUGAUUUUAGUACAUACAACGCGAUAGCUACUAUACAAUCAUACUGAAAAGUUUUACACAUGUAAAACAACAUUAUAGAACUUUAAACAUACAGUGCCAUAGCAACGAAAAAUCAAAUAAAUGUCACAAGCACAUUUAUAAUCAAUCAGUUCUAGACAAUAUAUGUGUACAUUUUUACGAAAAAUUAUUCCGAGGGAAUUAUACGUGUGGGAAUUGAAGAAAAUGUUUUAUAUAAAUACGAAAAAUUGUGAGGUGUAUAAUGUUUUUACUUUGUACACAAAAGUAGUUUUGUCACAAAAGUAUGUUUGUCAUUUUCCAUCCUCAAAGUCAUUUAAGAUUAUUAUUUCUUUUAUAUUUUCGAUAAAAUCUGUAUGAUACAUGCAUACAGGAUACUGCCAUAAAAUAAUGUAACACAACAAUGUCAUAGUAUUCCUCGUAUUGCUAGAAACAAAUCGUGAGAAUUGAACACGAGUCAAAUUUAAUAAUGAUACAUCGGAUACUUUAUUGUCUAGAAUUGCGAUAUUCUUUUCGUGCAGUGAAAAGAAUAAUAAUAUGCUAUGCUUAUAUAUCAGUAUUUAUUUUAUUCUCAUGAAUCUCUGAGAGGGAAAUUUUUUUUUUUUUUUUUUACGAUUUUACUGAAACCCUUGAUCAUAUUUAUAACGAAUGUAUUAUUAUUUUUGUUUGUGCUUGUAACAAUUGCGAUAUUGUACAAGUUGUUGCAUUGGUGCAAUUUUACUUUUGACAUUAUUCGAUUUUUUUUUUAUAUAAACCGAGCAUCCUUUGCAAAAGUAAUAAUCAAAUCAUAUGUAUAUCAGUUGAAUAAUGACACGAAAUGCCAGUGGCAAAUAAUAUACAGUAAUGCAAAGUCCACCUAAAAAAAAAUUGAAAUAUAACAAAUAUAGCACAAUGUAUUUUCCUAAAUACUACAAUAUAUUUCACACUCUUCCAUUUAUUUGUAUGAGAAUUAUUUACAUAUAAAAAUUACACAACAAAUACUAUAUAGUAUGAUAAUUUAGAAGAAUAGAUCAGUAUCUUGUACAAAUAAGUGAUCUAUUGCUAUAAAGCUGCUCAUAUCAUUGUCUCUAAUUCAUUAUCUUAUUAACCAAUUAAUUGUAAUUGCGACUGUACUUUUCUAUUUCGAUUCAGCUAAAGAAAAAAAGAAAGAUCAGGUUUUAUUGCCAUAGAUAUUAUGUGCUUUCUAAGGACUCAAUAGUAAGGUAGUGUGAUGAUAAAUGGAUAUUAUCCCCUAUUCUUGUGAUCAUGCUAUUUUUUUAUAUUCAAAAGCUUAGGAUAAAAGGAAGAUAGGACCUUUGUGCCAUAUUAUUUUCAUUUGUGGAACACAGAUAUUAAAUGCAAUACUCUUUAUACUCAAGAAAUAAAUUCCCGGAUAAUUUUUAAAUUUACGAAAUCGAAAAACUUUUUGCGUUAUAAUGGCUAAGAAUUAGCAGCUGUUGAAGGGUGUAAUUCUCUGUUUUAUUAAAAAGAAAGGAUAAUUGUAGAAAGAUAGAAAGCAUAGACUCUUCUUUCAUAAUAUACGUCAUUAACUAAUCAAUUGGUUGACAAAGAGACGAGUCCUACAAUUACUUAGAAAUAUUCGGCGAUUAAAAUUAUCACUUUGACCGUUGUAGUGUUAAAGCUCUGUAAGAAACGGGCGNACACACACACACACACACACACACACACACACACACACACACACACAGACGAGGUAUAUUACCGCUUAUUAGCUGUACAUAAUGUAGCAUAGAAGCAUAUUCUAAAUUUCAGUCGAGCCUAUGUCUUACCAAGACAAUUUUGGGUUUUCCCUACUUCUUACAUUUUUUUUUAUACGUGCGCCAAUAAGUCUUAUCAUGGGAUAAACCGAUUGAAAUCAUUAAAAUAUAGGCGAACAAACAAAUGUAAUAAUAUCUGUGCAUUGUUCGAGAUUUAAUGUGUUUGAAAUAGAACACAAUUAGUCCGAUAAUUUGAUGUAAUUUAUCUCAUAAUAUUUAAUACUUUUACCUUCAUAAGCUUACAGUUCACGUAAAAAUAUUCCCUAA